AUGGGCCAAGCCCCAUCAAAGCCCAAGGAAGGCGCGACCAUCCAAGUCAUAGGCGCAGGUCUACCACGCACAGGGACGUCAUCCUUCAGCCAAGCGCUAGAAAUCCUGCUCGAUGGCCCAGUCUACCACUGCGGCACGCAAUCAUCAAUGGGCCCACCGGCCGAAAUCAAAGGCUGGAUUCCUAUCCUGCAAAUGUGGCUGAAAGGCGACCCGACCAGCCGCGCGACAAUGCUCCCACUCCUGCGCCGCCGAUUGACAGGCUAUGUCGCCAUAACAGACUCGCCAGGCUCGCAGUUCAUCCCGGAGCUGAUGCAACUGUAUCCAGAGGCCAAGGUGAUCUGCACGACGCGGGAUCCACUCCUCUGGGAGCCCAGUAUGAUGCGUGUGCAAAGUUUAACGGGGGUUUGGUUUGCGCGGCUGGCCUUGCUGCCGUUGGAGGGGAUGCGGCAUUUCAUUCCUUAUGGGCAUUUGCUUGCUGCGCAGUGGGAGCGACUGUAUGGGGGUGUCUCUGGAUAUCAUGGGCGCGAGACUUAUGAGAGGCAUAUGGCUUGGUUGACGGAGGUUGUGCCGAAGGAGAGGCUGGUCUUCUUUGAUGUUAAAGAUGGGUGGGGGCCUUUGUGUGAGGCUCUGGCGGUGGAAGAACCCACAGGCAAGGAGUUCCCUCGCAUCAAUGAUUCCGAGGCCAUUGAGAAGACGGUCAAAUAUCAUUUACGCAGGGGGUUGACUCGCUGGGCUGUGGUUUUUGCUGUUCUUGGCGUUGGGAUUGCAGCUUGGCGCAAGUCUUGGUGA